GUGCAGUGAGUCAAGUAGCAGCACGUGUGUGAACUAAAAUUCAUCUCGACGCUUCGCUAUAUCAAGAUGAAACCAGAGACGAACAAUCAAAGCAUACAACUUGAAGCCCAGCAAGAAAAAUUAUUAAACAAACCGAUAUCUCAAGAAUCCCCAUUAUGGUUUUCGAAAAGACUUUUCGUCGCUGUAUUCAUGGCUAUAUGUAAUUUAAAUUCAACCUUUACUCGAGCCAAUGUUAGCAUCGCAAUUGUUGAGAUUGCCUACCCGAAACAAAUAAGAAUCGGAAAUUCGACAGUAACUCAGCCUCCAGAAUUCAACUUGGAUGCUACUGAACUUGGAUUAAUUCUUAGCGUUUUCUAUUUCGGAGGAGUAGCGUCAUUAUUGGGCAGUUACACGGUGAGCCAACUUGGAGGAGCUAAAUGCUGCACACUAACCUUGAUAUUAUCGGGUAUCAUAACAGUACUUCAACCCAUCAGCUUGCAGUAUAAUUUUUACUUAUUUUUGGUGUGUCGUUUCUUCAUCGGAUUUCUUGAGAGUUUAUUGAGUGUACGCAUUACCGAAGUAACUUCGCAAUGGACACCGAAAAAUGAAAGAACCCAACUUGUUAUCAUUACUGCCAGCGGGAUGACCGUGGGUUUAGCAAUCGUACAUGCAGUCUGCGCUUCUGUGGCUUAUGCUUGGGGCUGGCAAAUGAUAUUCUAUGCGACAGGAGGUAUGUCUUUGAUUACGUCAUUAUUUUGCUUAAUGUUGAUCAAAAAUCGACCUUCGGAUGAUAAAACGAUGUCUAAAGAAGAGCUUGCCUACAUACAAGAAAGAAUUUCAACAGUUCCAAAAAAAGAGGUGAAGCAUCCUUACAGAAAAAUCAUAUUAUCAACAGCGGUUUGGGCAAUUCUCGCCAACAAGUUCGCUACGAUAGCAUGUACGACUUUCUUGUGCACUUUCCUUCCGAUGUUCGUCAAAGAUAUAACCAAAAGAGGUAUCAAUGAAGUGGGAAUAAUUUCUUCAAUACCAAGUGUUAUCAACGUUUUUAUGCUUCCAAUUUGCGCAAUAUUACUGAAGUAUGGAAAAAACAAACACAAGAUAAUGAUCGGAGGCUCAUUCAUCCUUAUCAGUAUUUUAUUCGCAAGCACGGCGAUGAUUUCCAAUUUUAUUGUAUCGAUCAUUACUUUUCUAGUGAUCCAGAUGCUGCUGGUUGUUUUAGGUUUGGCAACACAUAUAAUCGUCAUCAGUAUCGCGCCAAAUAGUACCAGCAUUAUAGCAGGACUUUGUACCGCUAUGACAGCACUGAGUUCCAUAAUUUCACGUAAUUUGACAACCUCUAUGACCGUCGAUCACACAGCAGAGGAAUGGAACCGCUGUAUAUUAGUGAUAAGUGGUAUUUCGUUGUUGGGUGGUGCGAUUGAUAUGCUAUGGGGGUCCAGCGAAGUCCAACCCUGGUCACUUGUAUCAAAUACUAAGCCAGACAAACAGGACGAUCAGAAAGACAAAAAAGUGACCAAAUAAUACCUCGCUUUUGUGAAAAGGUACCUUAAAUUGCAAUUUUGACGGCAAUACUUUCCAAAAUGAGAACAUAACUUAUGCAUUUAUGUACCUACUCAUCACACUAUGUGAAAUUUUGAUUUAAAACUUCUACUUCGAUUAUACAUAUACAUAUUAUGUAUGUACUUUCAAUAAAAAGUGAAUAAGAAAACAAA